AUGUCUCCCUUAGCGCCUUCAGGGACUCCCCCUCUCCAGGAGCUCCCCCCUGCGCCGCAGCAGCAGCAGCAUCGAAAGCAUCAGCAGCAGCAGCAGCAACAGCAACAGCAGCAGCAGCAAGAAGAGGAGGGGAUUAGGCUAGCUGAUUG